UUCACACACACGUGCCCUCUCACUGACACACCCUCACACGCAUGUUCUCACACUCACUCACAUUCAUGCUCACACUCACUCUGCCCCUGCCCCAGGACAGCUGUGGACUGACCACCUGGCCCUUCUUAUCUAUCGUCAGACAAGUUCGUGGGGAAGAAAGUCAGGCCGCCUCCUGAUUACACUCAGAGUUUCCCUCCUCAGCUGCAGGAAGGUGAAAGCCAACGUGGAUCCCGCUCCCAGCUCUGAAACAAAGAGUGAGACCCCAGCAGGCCGCUAGCUUCCCUGGGCCUCAGUUUCCCAUUCUGUACAUUAAAGGAAGGAACUAGACCCUCUCACGGGGCUUGUGGCUGGAAGCCAACGAUCCCACCAGCAGCUCCCUCUGCUCCUCUGUGGGGCCAGUGGGUGGUGGCCUAGAGCAAGAGGGACUUGGGAACUUCCCAGAGGCAGCAGCUCCCAGCAGAGCGGAGUCCCAAGCCCCACACGAAUAGCAAGGUUUUCACAUGAAAAUGUGUGAACUCAGGAGAGGCAGCUGCGGAAGCGCAGAGGAGCAAGGAGUAAGCGGCAGGUGCAGCAGCGACACGAGGCUCCUGGAGUGCAGGGACUCGGUGUUUGAUCCAUAAUUGUAUACAUUCUCCAAAGGAGGGCUUUUAUCAGGUUUGUGUGUUAUUUAAUCUAAUUCACACCAAGUCCUAGGCGACUGGUGCCAGUGUUAUCAUCCCCACUUUACAGGGCAGGAAACUGAAGCAAGCGGUGAGGGCCAUCUUGUCCCAUGUCUCACAGUAACUGGGGGGGUGCGGGGGGUGCGGGGGAGCGGGCCAGGAUUCAAAUCCUAGCUUCUAUUUCCAGAUCUGUGUGCUGAAUCAGUUAAUGCCAAUGAGAAGUUUGCUUUUAAUUUCACUGUCUGCUCGGGCAGAUUCCUCACUCUGCUGUUUCCUGGUAAACUCAUCUCCUGACAGCUGGGCGGUUUUCCCCAAAGUGUUUGCUCAGGCCCCCCGCACAUACAUCAAGUUUCCGUAAUCCAUAAUCCAUGCAUAUCUUGGCUACAUUAACAGUGAAUGCUUCGGUGGCCAAAGAGAAAGCCUCCCACAGCAGGAAAUUCCCCAGGGAAUUAUUUACACAAGCUCCUUAGCCAGGGCCGAGGGUCAGGAAAUGGCCGCGAGUUCUGGUCAGAUGAGGACAUGCACGCCACCUCAGCUCUGCCUGCCUCGCACUGGCUGUGUGUUCUUCAGCAAGUCACCUGCCCUCUCUGGGGGAAAGGAGGGGGUUUAAAUGCAUGCUCUCCUCAAGGUCCUUUCCGUGUAACACAGCAGAGAUUAAGAAGGUGGCUUCUUGGGUGAGAGAGACCAGAAUUCAAGGCUCGGCCUUGCCUCACUCAGAGGCCCUGGACCUAGGAUAUCCCUUCUCUGAGGGAACCUCCUCCAUUGACGAUCAGAGAUUUUGGUGCCAUCCUAAGGGGGCUGCAAUGAAGGAGGUUGGCAGCAUAUUGUUUAUCAACUAAACAGUUCUAUGCAAAUAUGCAACCAUCAUCACUCUCACUAUUAUCUCCCAAGCCUUUGUCUCCCAGGGUCUCUGACCACGAUGUCUGCAGCUCCCACGAGCAAUGGGGUGUUUGUCGUCAUCCCGCCCAGCAAUGCCAGUGGCCUCCGCCCUCCUGCAGCCAUUCUGCCCACCUCCAUGUGCCAGCCUCCUGGGAUUAUGCAGUUUGAGGAGCCACCGCUGGAGGCUCAGACUCCAAGGGCCACCCAGGCGCCCGACCUGCGGCCCGUGGAGACCUUUCUGACGGGAGAGCCCAAAGCUUUAGGGACGGUCCAGAUCCUCAUCGGCCUCAUCCACCUGGGCUUCGGCAGCGUGCUGCUCAUGGUCCGCCGCGGCCACGUGGGGAUGCUCUUCAUCGAAAGCGGCGUCCCCUUCUGGGGAGGAGCCUGCUUCAUCAUCUCUGGGUCCCUGUCAGUGGCAGCCGAGAAGAACCAAACCAGCUGCCUGGUGAGAAGCAGUCUGGGGACGAACAUUCUCAGUGCCAUGGCAGCCUUUGCUGGGACAGCCAUUCUGCUCAUGGAUUUUGGUGUCACUAACUGGGAUGUGGGCAGGGGCUAUCUGGCUGUGCUUACCAUCUUCACCAUUCUGGAGUUCUUUAUCGCAGUCAUUGCCGCCCACUUCGCAUGCCAGGCCACCCGCGCUGAAGCCAACGCGCCUGUGAUUUUCCUGCCAAACGCCUUCAGCACAGACUUCGACAUCCCCAGCCCCGCAGCCUCCCCACCCCCUGCCUAUGACAAUGUGGCAUAUGUGCCCAAGGAGUCGUCUGAGUAGUUGGUCACGCCGGCCUGUUGGAGUCCAGCUUUUCCCCUCUGCGUCCAUGCUCUCCGUACCCCAACCUCGUUAAUCUAGGGCAGCCCCACUCCCACACCCUGUCAGUCUCCAUAAAUGUGACACCUGAGUGAAGUCUUCCCUGAUGUUGUCUGUCCCACACAUUUCCCACAGUGAUUUCUUUCCUAGGGGUGAGUGUCCCUCGGCAACUUGGACACGCGCCGUCAGCCUUCCGGAAAUGCCCCUCUGUGAGGCUAUGCAUUACUCUCUGCUCACUGGGGAAAUCCCGGCCUCACUGGGAGACAAGUUCAGGCCUGGGGAAGGUCAUUAAGCUCAGAGAGCCCAGGAGGGACUGCUGAGCCCAACCGCUGAGGCCGCACAGCUGAGUGGCCUGACCUGAGGUGUCCAGGCCCCAGGACCAGCUCUGUCCUUGUAAUCUGCUACCAUGUCUCUAGGCCUCAGUUUUCACAACUGGAAACAAAAGCAUUGAACCAAAUGCCAUAGCACGCCCUCCCAGCUCCCCUGGGCACCCUGAAGUCCUGGUCUGAGUCAGGCACUGUCCCCCAGCUGCUCUGGAAACACUCAUUUCCUGAUCUGUAAAAUGGAGUUGAUAUUGACCCUGGCCCUACUCCCUCCCAGGGCUGCGGAGGUUGCAAGGAGGACUGAAGCCAGCCCACUGUACCCCGUCAGCAUCCACAGGUACACAGACAUGGCGGCUCCUCCCCAGGAGGCUCAAGACCUCCCUGUGCCUUUCAGUGCCCCCUCUUACUGCCCCAGCCUGAGGAGCAAGGCUGCCCCUAAAGGUUACAAUGAGCUAUGCUGGAUCUGGGGCCACGGAGACACCUCCACCUGGUAUCAGAGGCUCAUCUCAUCCACACCACAGGGGGAAAUAAUCAGUGUGGCUUACAUUUUAAGCUGGUCUCAUCGCAAUGACUUUUCAACUUCAGGAGCUUCUAAGGGUUGUCCCGUAUUUAUCAGAAGACCUGGGUUAUUGUCCCACUGUCACAGCAAAGGACUCUGUGUGUGCGAUCCUUACACUUGUUCUGUCCCCACCUAAGCCCAAAUGAGCAGGCAUUCAUAUCCCCACCCUACAACUGAAGACAUGGAAGGUUGAAGAGGUGAAAUCAAGUGCCCAAGGCCACUGAGCUAAUAAGAGGCUGGGAUUUGAACACAGCUCCAUCUGAGUUCAGAGUCUAUGCUCUUACCUCAUGGCUCUCCAGAGUCCAAACAUGAGUACUUCCCACAAACCCCUUCCCCUUCCUCCUGUUCCUUCAUCCCAAAGACUGGGACAGGGCUGCAUUCCUCAGCACCCCAACUUCUUCCUUCUUCGUCUAACAAACUCCUGCUUCUACUUCAAAACCCUAUUUUAAUGUUGCUUCUUCUGUGAUGUCUUCCCAAAGGAGGGGUAGUCAGCUAGGUGGCUAAGUGCCAUUCAGCCACAGGGGUGGGGCAAGCAAGGCCCCAUUUAAGGAGGCGCUCUCUCCCAGAGCUGUGUACGUGCAGAGCUGGGGUAGGGAUUAUAAAAAGCUUUGACUUUCAGAGGAGACUUGAAGACUUGGAGCUGAGAACUUAAGACCAUAAAGUAUAGAGUUGGAGGAAACGUGUUGGCAGAUUUGAGACCAGAUUUUCUCACAGAGGAGAACAGAGACAUUUUUGAACAAAGGGCAGAAGUCUGGAGACAGAGAGGGAGAAAGGAAGAAAAAAAGAGGAAGAAAGGGCUUAGCCUCAGUUUACUGGGGAUUAUCAUGUCUGUCCCCUGUUGACUAAGUCCCUCAGGGGGUGGGGGAACCAAAACCACAGAUCAAGUAGAAGGAAUUAUACAGCUGGAUGCUUUUUCACAUCCCAGGCUGUCAUCUGGAAAGACUGCAAGGCAGAUGUCCCACGUCUAGACAGCAAGGAACCAGGAUGUAGAGCUGAGGUGGCUGAGGGCCGUGCCUGGUAACACAACAUGGAGUCCUACUCUCCCAUAGGGGUAUAAAUAAAAACACCAGAAAGCUUUCUGUGUCCCCAAGAGGGAGUACAAAAGACUGAGAGGGCCAAUGUGCAAUGUGGAUUGUAUGAGACUGUAGCUUUAUAACAAAUAAGAAUGGAGACAGUGGCCAUCGGUAAGAGAACAGCAAGGACAGACCAUGGCUUGUGGAUUGCAAGGCACAGAAGUGAUCACAUUAUCCUUACUCGGCAAAAUUAAGUUUUCUACCACUGAAAGGAAAUGGGACUUAAAGAAGUAAUUACCAUGAAGAAGAAUUCUGAGAACUACAAAACAUUACUAAGAGACAUUAAUUAAGAUCUAAAUAAAUGAAGAGAUAUACUAUUUUCAUGGAUUGGAAACUUCAAAAUUUUGUUAAAGUGCCAUUUAUCUCCAAAAUUUACAGAUUCAAAAUAAUGCCAUUUAAAAUUCCAGAAGCUUUUUUGGGG